AUGUUGGUCAAACCUUUGUCAAAAUUUCAAUGUGGCGAAAAUCAUUUUUCUACUCUAAAAUUUUCAUAAAAUCUAGCCAAAGUGGCACUUAAGACUACUAGGUAUCAAGUAUGGGAUGUAAAAUGUCUGAAAGAAGGCCAAAGGACAUUCUUAAAGAGCCUAGACACCAAAGGCUCUAUAUCAAUAUGCAAGGAACGCAAAACCGCUGUAGAUAUAAUGGUAGAAGGAAGUAGAGUGUUGCAAAUAGAAAAAAUGUUAAGAGACAGGAAUAUACUGUUCGAAGUGACAUCUACCGAUAUUGUGCGACCAAGGAGCCCCAUGGGUUCCAUCACUUCAAGACAAUCGAAAUCACCACAGAAACGCAUGUUUGACUGGAAAGAUUAUUAUCCCCUGCACAUGGUGUAUAAUUUCAUGGAAAAUUUGGAAUCGCAGUUUCCGUCCACGUGUACGGUCAGUAGUAUCGGCCGUUCCAUAGAAGGGAGAGAAAUAAAAAUGUUGAAAAUUUCUAACAGUGACGCGAGCAAUACGGGCGUGUGGUUGGACGCGACGAUACAUGCGCGAGAGUGGAUCAGUACGUCGGUUAUCACGUACAUAGCUGAUCAUAUUGCUAGGAAUUUUAACAAUCUUCCGAAAAGCAUCACGAAUAAGGAUUGGUUUUUUGUUCCUGUUGUGAACCCAGAUGGUUACUAUCACUCGCACACACAAGACAGAAUGUGGCGCAAGAGUAGAGCACGGGUCGAUAACACUAUUGUUGGUGUGGACCUUAAUAGAAAUUUUGGAUACAAUUGGGGAAGGUGCGGUCCUGAAUGUUCGUCUGGGGACCCUUAUCACCAAAACUUUCGUGGCGUGGAGCCUUUUUCAGAGCCGGAAUCAGCCGCUGUUAAGGAUCUAAUAUUGUACUCCAGUACGCCGUUCAAGAUCUUCCUGACAUUUCACGCAUACAGCGAAGUUAUAUCGUUUCCAUGGUGCUUCACGGCAGAGCCAUGCGCCGAUUAUGUUCAUUUGUUGGAAGGUGGCACUGCUAUGGCGAAGGCCAUAUUUGAAACGAAUGGACGUAUGUAUAAAGUAGGUAAUUUUAAAGACCUAAUGUACCUUGCUGCGGGAACGAGUAUCGAUUGGAGCUAUGGAACUGCUCACAUACCAUUCUCAUACCUCGUGGAGUUGCGGAGCAAGGAGCACAAAUUUCUUCUACCCAAAGAGGAGAUCAUGGACUGUUGUCACGAAGUGCUCAAUGGCGUCAAGGCUUUAGCGGACUAUGUGGAUCAGAAAAAGUGUUUAAAUUGUACGAUGUUUUCGAAGAAAAGUUCUUGA